AUGUACAUCAACUUAAUUUUUUACAUUUUAUUAUUUUUUCUAAUUUUUAUCAGCUCCUCCCCCGUGAAAAAUUGUAAAUGUCCUACAAUUAAAAAAUUCUCUGUCCAAACAAACAAUCCAAAAAAACCGACAAAAAAUUAUCGUCAAAAACAUCAUCGUCGAUUUAAAAGAGGAGAAACUUGUAUUUGUGAAGGAGAAGGGGGAGCUACAGCUGUUGAUAAUGAAGGUUUUACUCACCGUCCUGGAAAAGAAUCUAUGAGAGAAGGAAUGGAACAAGAAGUCGAACAAGUUGAAGGAAAGGAUAGGAAGGGCAAAAGAAUUCUGUACAUUUGUGACAAUCUUUCCUUCCCCAAUCUGGAAUUUAACGUAAAUUUUUUAAAUUAA